UGGAGCCAGAGAAGGAUCCCGAGGCCAGGUUGAGGGUGGAAGCUGGAGCCCCAGGAACCAAGAGGUUGACAAGAUGUUAGUUAUCUUGGGACUGUUCACGUCUUUCCUCUCGAUCUUGUACCUGACAGCUCCAUCCAUCAGGAAGUUCUUUGCUGGUGGAGUUUGUACAACGAAUGUGCAGAUUCCUGGGAAGGUAGUGGUUAUCACAGGUGCCAACACAGGCAUUGGCAAGGAGACCGCCAGAGAGCUUGCUCGAAGAGGAGCACGAGUAUACAUUGCCUGUCGAGAUGUACUGAAGGGAGAGUCUGCUGCUAGUGAAAUCCGAGCAGACACCAAGAACUCCCAGGUGCUGGUGCGGAAACUGGACCUAUCUGACACCAAAUCCAUCCGAGCCUUUGCUGAGGGCUUCCUGGCAGAGGAAAAGAAGCUCCAUAUUUUGAUCAACAAUGCAGGAGUGAUGAUGUAUCCAUAUUCUAAGACAACAGAUGGCUUUGAAACCCACUUGGGAGUCAACCACCUGGGCCAUUUUCUUCUCACUUACCUGCUUUUGGGGCGGCUGAAGGAGUCUGCACCUGCACGGGUGGUAAACCUAUCCUCAGUGGCCCACCUUGGUGGCAAGAUCCGUUUCCAUGACCUCCAAGGCGAGAAGCGCUACUGCAGUGGUUUUGCCUAUUGCCACAGCAAGCUGGCCAAUGUGCUUUUCACUCGAGAGCUGGCCAAGCGGCUCCAAGGAACGGGGGUCACUGCCUAUGUAGUACACCCAGGUAUUGUCAUGUCUGAGAUCGUCAGACACUCCUUCCUGCUCUGCUUGUUGUGGAGGCUUUUCUCACCCUUCUUCAAGUCCACCCGGCAAGGAGCUCAGACCAGUCUGCACUGCGCACUGGCGGAGGGCCUGGAGCCCCUGAGCGGCAAGUACUUCAGUGACUGCAAGAGGACCUGGGUGUCCCCAAGGGCCCGGAAUAAGAAAACAGCUGAGCGCCUGUGGAAUGUCAGUUGUGAGCUUCUAGGAAUCCAGUGGGAAUAGUUGGCCAGAAGAACAUGGCCUUUUCGGGCCCAAUCCACACUGUAGUGAAAGAGGACCAAAGAGAAGGUCAA